AUUCCAAUCUGUCAUCUCUUGUCUUCACAUGUUUCUAAAUAACUUCUUCUCUUCUUUCUCCAUCGCCCAAAAUUCCACUAAUUCAUUUCUCUUUCUUUGCUAAUCCAAUCAUGACUGUUAAGAAAGUUGAGAUCAAGGUGGAUAUAAACUGUGGGAAAUGCAAUAGCGCAAUCAUGGAAGCAGUCACAGAGAUAGAAGGUGUGAAUCAUAUUUCAUUAGAUGAGGAGAAAAGCAUACUUACCGUGGUGGGCACAAUGGAUCCGGUCUGCGUUGCAAAACGGCUGAAGAAGAUUAAACAGAAACCUGUAAUCAUCAGCGUUGGACCACCACCAAAACCUCCUGAGCCGCCAAAGCCUCCACAAGCGCCUGAACCAGCAAAGCCUCUACCAGCACCUGAACCACCAAAGCCUGUAUGUAAUUGCAAGCCUAUGCCUCCUCACUGUGCGAGUUGCGAUGUUGUGUCUGUUACUACCUAUGAAAGUGGAAGCGGCUGCACCAUUCUUUGA